UGCAUUAUCUGCAACAAAAAGAAUGCCCAGUAUUGCGCGCGAUGCAGGUGCACUUCAUACUGCUCUAAGGCGUGUCAGAAAGAAGAUUGGAAAACCCACAAGCUCCUUUGUGCCUCAUUUUCCUCAUUUGCUACUUCCAGACGACCUACUACGGAUCAUUACCGUGCAAUACUAUUUGACCCCAAAAAAAGGAAACCGGAAUUCACUUGGCUUCUUUGCAAGUGGCACAACAAUCAUCAUGAAGGAGGCUGUUACCAGGCGCCUGAAACCGACACAAUCAUUGGUAAUGAUGCUUUGGAAAAGAAUGAGCCUAUUCAGUACAAUUCGAGACUAAAGAGGUCUCUUUCAAACACCAUAUUCAUCUCAUACCGCGACACGUUUUUGAUAGACGGCUCUCAUUCAAACAAGAGUAUAGCGUCCAUCACCGCCACUCAACCUGGGGAGUAUCACGAUUGGAGGGGUCCGAUAGUUGUUCAUGCAAGAUUGGGAGAGGGCCUUGAUCAACCGGCUUGCAAAGACAUUGAUCUGGUCGACUUCAGGCAUGUAGCUGAUUACUUCCUUUCAUAUGGAUACAUACCCCCCAAAGCUCAGGCAAAGGUGAAAGGUGUGAGGAUCAAUUGUGUGGGCGACGUCAAGAUGUUCAAGAGACCACCCUUCGAGCAAGUCGAGGUUCCAACU